UCCCAUAAUGGGUUUUCUUCCAGGAACGGAGCCCUCACAAGUUGAAAUUACUUUUCCUGUAUGUGCAAGAGAGACACAAAGAUACAUUACAAGAGGAAAACGUUAUAAUGCCAUUAUUGACACUUUACAGGAUAUUGAAAAUCGUCAAAAAAACCUCUAUGUGGCAAAAUUACAAACAUCAGAAGAUACAGAUAAAUUUAUUGCAGAAAUGCGUCUGAUCCAGGAUGCUUUGGAUGAGGUGGAUGCCCUGCAGAAAAAUGAAGGGGACACGCUUUCAAAAAAAUACAAGGCUUCUGUGGAUUAUUUUAAAAAAGGAAUAUUAAGAGACAAGAUAGCCAAGCUGGCAUCCAGCCAGAAGAAACUGUUGCAAGUCCUUAAUAAUCAAAAUGAAGUAGCAUAUAAACAAAGUAGGAGAUCAAAUGCUAAUAAUGGAAAGAAGAGCUCAUCUCUUUUUUGUUCUAAUACAUCUCCUGGAAGGAAUCAGAUAUCUGCUUUAUGUACAGUUAAUGAGGGGCUUUGUGCCAAUCAUACUAAUGGAAGCACCAUGGCAACAAUGGUUCCAGCAGCAUGUAUUACGCCAGACUCCAUGAGCCCUGCAUUUCAACACUCAUUUAUGAGAUAUGUAGGAUCUCCCGAGGUCUGUAGUAUUGAAGAUGUUCCUGGCACACGCCUGGCAUCGGAAAGAAGAGAAGAAAAUUCUAGCUCAGAGCUGAUAUUAAGAGGAAAGCCCAGAAGAACAGAAAAUGUUUUAUUACGUUCUGAUUUAUGUUCUGGAAUUGCCCCUGCAGACCUGCACGACAAAAUAAAUGAUCAUUUAGAAUUUUCGGCACCAGGAAAUAACUCUUCUAAUUCUAUUAGUGUUAAAAGCAUAUUAAAUAUUACAGACACAAGCAAUAAUAUUGUUGGAAUGGAUCACCAGAUGUCCCUUGCCAGUAAACAGAUUUCUCCUGCAGGUCCAUAUCUGCAAUUAAAUACAUUUGAUGAGACCUCCCAGGGAAAUACUACAUCAGCAUCUGUUAUUUCAGACAGAACAUCCAAUGUGGGAAACACUCAACAGCUAUUUGUGUCACAAGGACACAGCAGCCCUGCAGAAUCCCACAGUCCUGAUCAAAACUCAGCAGGCCCGUCAGCCAACCGGCAGCUAAGUGGAAGAGCUGAGAGAAAAAUAAAGAGAGUUCAAAUGAAGGAGCUCAUAAAGACAGGGAAGAUUAAACCAGGGAAAGAUGUCUUGGAGUUUCAGUUACAGGGCUGUAGUCACAAAGCCAGCCUUUUGCUUGAUGGAAGAAUAAGAGCUUGCAGUGGAGUAAAUUAUCGAGAUCCUGUUCAGUGGGUGAAAGCACUUCUAGGGAAUGACAUUCCAAUCAGUUGGAAGUAUGUAAUCAACAAGCUUGGUGACUUAUCCCCUUUAAUAAUGGGAACAGUUACAAUGCUUAUCAAGUUCAACCGAUCCAAGUAUCUGUUGCUAUGCUAA